AUGGAAGGAUGCCAGGCUUUAGCACUUCUGACUGCAUUCUGUAUGAAAUCGGGACGGAGUGCACUAGCCUGGUCAUUGAUCGCAGCUGCUUCCAGGAUGUGCAUCGAUCUCGGCUGGCAUCGCCUGCCUACGCAUCCCAAGGGACCGGAACUGUCAAAGAAACGGAGAAUUUUCUGGUGGGUAUAUGUCAUCGACAAGGGCAUGGCCUUCACGCUUGGCAGAACUCCUUCAAUUCAUCAGUACGAUGUCGCGACGGAGCGGACGUCGUUUCCGUUGGACAUACCAGGGCCGCCGGGAUACCUGUACGGUGGCUUUGUUGAAUUCGCUGUCAUUGUGGGCGACAUGCACAUACAGCUUUUCUCCGCAUCUGCUCAACGAACGUCACCACAAGUCCGCGUUGAGAAUGCCAAAGCCUUCGCUUCCAGGCUCUUCCAAGUGAACAAUAGCUUGAAGCAGACUCUCCGAGACGAACCCCCUACAGACGCCAGGUUUCAGGAUGCAAGCGUGCUCUUCGACAUCAUCAUGCACUGCCUCGUGACAAUCGUAUAUCGUAUCGUCCCCUGUGCUGAGCCCAAACCUCACCCACUGAAAUGCCACACCGGCUGUAUCGAAGCGGCACGACAAGCCCUCUCCACGAUUGUGCAGGCAAGCCAGACGCUAGGCCAGCGCAAUCCACUGGGCUGGAGCAUGUUUCUGAACUUGCUGUUUUCCCUCGUCCCAUUCGCAUGCUUUAUAGUGUUAGCAGGAAACACCAUCGCCUGCUCAUCCACCGAGGACCUAGCACUCCUAUCUGCCGCCGUACGGGCCAUUAAACCGAUGGCUGCCAGCUCUCCCACAGGAAGAAAGCUUUAUGACGUCUGCAGGUCUUUCUAUCAGGUGGCUAGCUUCUCAGUCACCCGACAUGCAGCUAUGUCCGCCGCCCCGGCAUCCGCCCCUGUGGCUGUGACUCAAGUAUAUGAACAUCUGCCCGUAGGGAACUUCUCGGAGACGCUUGAUAACUCGGCAGCGCCGCUGUAUGAACACAUAAUGGCUCCGCAGGACUGGGAUACCGUUAUGGGCGAGUUUGAUCUGGGGAUUGGCGCGGGGGCGAUGGCUUCUUUUGUGGAGCCGUAUAUUCCGUUUGAUGGGCGGGUGCCUUAG